AUGGGCACCUCUAUCUUCCCCGGUUAUAUAGAAACAGUUAGAGACCUCUUAAAAAGGCGAAAGUUCUGUACGGAUUCUACCAAGUCGAAAUUGAGAAUCUGCCAAUUAGAAAAUGAUGAAAAAGGCGUAAUCCAGGUUAGAGAGUGGCCUUAUGACAGAAAGACGCAGAGCUGGGAUCCCAAUCUAAGCCGGUAUCUGUAUGGGAUGAGUCGAAAUAUAUGUAUAUGGAUAGAACUUUGGAUGAAUAAUCUAGAGAGAAGCAACACUGAUCAGACGAAGUUACUGAGCGGCCAAUGUCAAUAUGGGGACUUUAAGAAUCUAAUAAAACAGGGAGAAGGGAAGGAAAAGUGUCAAAUAGAUCAAGACAGGAGCAGAUGGGUGACAUUCCUUAAAAGUGACGAACUAAAUAUGAGCCAGACAAAUCAAAAGGACUUACAAAUGUGUAUGGAAAUAGUUCGUAUAUUAAUGCAGGCUAGCGGCAUUUCUAGGGAUGGAUCAGGAGUAAGAUUAAACCUCGGGAACCAAGGCUCACUUUGUCAGCGAUUUUACGAUGAGUUAAAGGCAUGGGGAGGACAGGAUGUUGCCCUUAAUAUAAUGAGGCACUGGUUUACAGUGCAUAAUUGGCCGAUGGGUAUGCAGCCAGAAUUUCUAUUAACCGGGCGGGAUUUAUAUGAGAUAAUAACAGAGGAAGUGCUAGGGACGGAUGCUGGUAUAAAGGAUCUGGUUUGUAAAUAUGAAAGCGAGAAAAGGGAAAGAGCGGAACACCCGGAGGAAAAAUUCUCAGAUGGACAGAGUAUUGAUACUGUAAUUCAGGAAUCUGUAGGGGAAGGGAAGCAACUGGAUGAGCUUGAGAAUAGGAUGAAGUCAGCGGUAGCUGAUCUGCUCUCAAGAAUAAGGGACUCUUCUCCAUCCAAGGGGGACUCCCCUCCAUCCAAGGGGGACUCCGUAUCUGUGCCACUAGGAGGGGAAGGUGGGGGGGGAAGUGAGAGGAACCUGUUAGGGAUGAUUGGAGGGGUCAUCUUCGCCUUAUCUAUGGGAGCUGUAGCUGUAUAUGGAGUAAGUAGAGUCCUUCUCAAUAGACGAAGAAAACCCAGUGGACGGAAGGCGUUGCGUUCUAGGGCGAGAAACCUUAGUUAUAGAAUUCUAUCUGAGGAAGGAUAG